UGUAACCCGGAAGAAUAGGUAUUCCAGUUAAAAAGAAUUUCAAAAUAUUUUUAAUCUUUUGAAAACAAGUUUCCAUAUGUCGUGUAGCUCUGUGAUAUAGCUCUAAAUAUUGAAGGCGGAAUCUUUCCAUUGGUGGUCUUUAUUAAGUAUCAAAAUGGUCGAAAUCGAAGCGUUAAAAUUAUUACGGCAGAGAAAAGAGGCUCUUAAAAAAUUACCAAAUCCAUCCGACCAAGACAUAUCAUUUGAGAAGUAUGAAGAAAGCGUAUCAAGGACUAUGACAAAGACACAGACAGAUAUAGAAACAGUCUCCAAGUAUGCAACAGAAAUUAUAGAGGAACUCGAAAAUGUCAGAGAAUUGGUGAAAAAUUGCAGCAUCAAAAUUGGCGAACAUCUACAAGAAUUGAUGAAAAAGAAUUUGAUAAAAAUUGAAUUUUCACCACAAGGAAGGCCGCUGAAUAGGGAUGAUAUUGAUAUGAAAAAACUAGAACAAGUUCAAACCGUGCAGAGACUUGCAAAACAACAACAAGAACUUAUGGAGUUCAUAGCGAAAACAGAACAACUAGUUUUGAAGAUUGAAAGUAAUGCAGCUUUGUCAUUUUCCGAUUUAACUGGUGUGUCAAGUCAAAUGAAACAAUGGUGUGAUGGAUUAGAAACAUUGGAAGAACAGAAGAAAAGAAAAAGGGAAGAAAAGGAAGCAGAAGAAACACGUAAAAGAGAAAAAGAAGACGCAGAACGAAGAAAAGUAGAAGAGGAAGAACGAAAAAAGAAAGAACAGGAAGAAGCUGAGAAACGAAGAAAAGAACAAGAAGAACGAGAAGCUCAGGAAAAAAGAAGAAAGCAAGAAGAAGAAAAGAAAAAGAGAGAUUGGAAGAACUGGCCACCAUUCAUAUAUUACAAUCCAAGAAAAAACAAGUUUAGUCAGGAUAUCUGCUGUGUCAUUUAUACAAUGCCUGAUGGAACUGACGCUAGUAAUUUUAGCUGUCAAGGCUCAGAUGCUGUAGAAGAUCUAGAUAAAUGUUUGGAAACCAAUGACGAACAAGUUAUAUCCUCUGUUAUCACAAUUCAACCGCAAAAGGUCAAAAAGACGUUUGAGUUACCAAUGCGUGUGUAUGUACCAAUUGUAUCGCAUGAUCAGAGCCUACUUCCAACACUGAAGUUAUCAAUUAAUGGUCAGAAAUGGAGAUCAGGAAAAUCACUUCCAGAAAUUCAACUGCCAAAAGUGACAGGUGUUUCCUUUGUUGGAGUUGAAAUACCCGUCAAACAAUUUGAGACCAUUCAAUGUGUUGCUGUUGCUCGACAAAAACGUCAUGAAAUCGAAGUUGACGAAAAAGGAAAAGUGUUUGAACCAGAAGUUGACAGAAAUAUCAAAGUAAAGUUUCCACAGAGAGCGUUUGCUGGGAAAACUGUUGUUGCUACAAAGGCAGUACCAUGGACCCAUGCGGACAUUAAAAAUGCCUCAAAGAAGCACAAAGAGUUGCAAAAUAUUAAAACAGCUGGUUCUUAUAUUGAUAUAUCAUGCGAAAAUACCACGAAGGAAGAUUCUGAUUUAGAGAUGUAUGAUUUUGGAUGGGUUGUUGACAAAAAUAUAAACAAGAAUCAGUCUGUCAACCAAGAAACUCUGAACAGAUGUAGCAGAUGGGUAGUGAACAAUUUGAACCCUGAUGAAAAUGCAUUGCAGUUGGAUGAUGUCUUUGAUAGUGACUUUGUUGAUGACCUGAAGACAAAAGAGACAGAUGGGGACAAGACUCGUCUGAUUCUACGUCAUUUGCACGAUUCUGAUGCUGAUAGCGAUUUCGAUAAUUUUUUAGUCGGAUUGAAAUCUACUCAACCAAAUGUGGCAAAUAGAAUAACUUCUGUAAAAAAUCAAGUCAAGCUGUCUAGAAAAACUACAGACACGGACGCCGAGGACAAUUUUGCUAGUGAUUUUGAUCCAGAUUUUGAAAAGAAGGAGGGUACCAUUUGUGUAGUUUCAAAGUUGACCGGAAAGAGUUGGGAAAUUGUACCUAUAGAGGCAUCUGAAGAACAUCCAAAAGCAAGGUUCCUCAAACUUCCGUCCGGAAAUGAUAAAUAUCAAGUUUUAGGUCUAGUUGUUCCAGAUAACAUGUCAGACGAAGAUAUUUGCAGAGCAGCUGAAAUACUGGAAGGAUUAAACUGUGUCACCAAUGUGUCAGUAAUAUGUCGACAAAAGCAUUCAAAUCCUCAUGAAGUAGUUAUUGAAUGUGUAAAAUCUGAGAAUGUAGCAACCACAAUGCAGCACUUGGAUUCUAUUGGUUAUAAUGAUGGACCGGCUGAGAGUGCAGAGUUUGGUGUUGUUGAUGGAGAAGAGAUCGAAAUAAAGUUUGAAUCAAAUCUUUAUCUAGAGCGUCUUAAACAUUCACUUCUGAAGAUAAAAUUUUAUAAGCACCUCCCUUCUAGCAGAUAUUCCGAACACCUAGUAGUCGUCAGCAAGGCAGAGCAAGGAGAAGACAGCAACUACCAUGGAUAUCUGAAGUACAGUGUACCUCCGGGUCGUUUGUCCCUACCAAGGUCAGGGUCACUUGUUGUGUAUGUUCCAAAGCCUCUGGAUGAAAUAAUUGGCAACUUUCCAUAUACUCUUGAUGUACCAGUUAAAGCACUUGCUAAGUUCAUUGCUUGGCAGUUAACACGUACAAAUUUCAAUUCAACAAAAUGGGUAAGACUUGGUGGAUUUUUAACUAACUGUGACUCUCAUCUGUAUCAUCAAAUCGUUAAACAUAUUGACGAAGAAGCAACGAAAGCACCACAACGAGAGAGAUGCGAGCACUUCAUUUUGUAUUGGGCAAAUCAUCAUGCACCAAUAGAAUCAGAUAGGAUUGAGGAGAUAAUAGCGUCUCAUCAUGAUCCAAGUUUGGAAUCAGAAGCGCAUCAGUUUAUCAAACCAUACCUUCCUGGAAAAGGAAUGUUUUCAAACGACAGUUUGGAGAAAAUGUCAUUUGCAAUAGCUGGAGAAUGGGAAACAAUGGCAAAAAAUCUUGGUUUUACAAAUGACGAAAUCAAUAAAAUCAAAAAUAGUCAACCAGGAGCUGUUAAACAAACACUUCGAAUGUUAGAUUUGUGGAGAUUGUCGGAUAGCGCAAUACAGAAAGGCACGGAUCUUGUGAAAAAUUUCCACGAAACAGCCAAGUCAGCACAAUGUGGUGCAAAAUUGCUAAACAUAAUAUCUAAAAAUGUGAAUUGAUAGCAGGAAGCAUAUAACGCAAUAACCCCUUAAAUAUAUAGUUCAUAGUAAUACAUAUAUAACAUAAAACUGGUUGCAUAUGAUUGUAGUUAAUAGCUGUUUUU